GCUGUCUGUUUGUAUAUUUGGUUUUUGCUCACAUAAAUUUGUAUUCGUCUUUUUGCAGAAUAUUCUGUAUGUUAUUGUUUUCUUCUUAGGCCGUCAUAUCAUACUCUUCUAUCACAGCGGACGACAUUUCUGAAAUCGCACCUGUAUAUCUUUGGCCCCGAUUUAUGCAGGAUAAAUAGAUUAAGAAAAAAUAUUGAAGUUUGAAAAUUCAGUUUAAUUUCGUUAAGACCAUAGAUGUCGUUGACCUCUGAAACAUGAUCAAUACCUUUCCAAUGAUACCUUAACCCUCUAAUGCAUUAUUUUUUCGACAUGAUUAUUUUGGCUUAUAAUUCUUUAAAAAAGUAAUGAAAAUGCAAAAAUAAUAUGCCUAAAGGCAGGGAUAUGCAUUACAGAGUUAAACGUCGAAAUCGAAUAAUCCGUUCGAAUAAUUCAGCAUCUUAAAAAUGUCAUAUGGUUUUCCUAUAAAAUUCAUUUGAUUUUUUGUGUGUGCGCGAAAUUUUGCUUAAUGUUUUUGAAAUUUUCUGUGAUUCUUUUUGUAUGGCACUUUAUUUCGAUUUGGCCGCUAUGUUGGUCGCAGCCUCAGAACUCAUUUUUUGACUCAGGAAACCAAAAUUUGAAACGCAUUAUUUCUAAUAUCAAUUAUUUUAGUGGUUCCAAAAAGAGGUACUUUUUGGAACCUUCACAAUAAAAUCAAGAGGCUUCAAACUUUUUUUUAUGAAAAAAUUAACCUAAGCAAAGUUUCACGCCGGCUCGAUAUUCGAGCUGAGAGAAGCAAUACACUUGCCAAACAGUUGAUAUCAGAAUAAAAAACCUCUCUUUGCGAGAUUAAGAAGGAGCAUGACUCUGUGUGAACAGAUUGGACAUACAAAAGGACUGAUAUCAAUUUUAAUGAGACUUCAAAAAGAUCAAACAAAAGUUUCAAAACUAAAUCCACAAAAUGAAACGAAAUAGUUCAUCACAGUUGCGAUUAGAUUAGACCAGGGGGAAAAUUUAUAAUUUAAAAAAGUGCAGAAUUGAAUGUUGAAUUUUGUACGAAUGGGAAAAAUGAAGUCGAAACUGUGACGCACUAUUUCAUUAUUUUUGAAAUGUUGUAAACAAUAAAACUUUUGGUUCUAUUUAGAAUUUUUUUUAUUAUUAACCUCGCAAAGUAUAUUAGUAAAUGGAAGGAAGUUCUGCAACAUUUUGAACAUAGGGUUAUCUACCAAACUAAAAAACAAGAAAAAUAUUAGUAAAAACUAGUACAUAGCGAAGCCAACUUAAUACUAAUAUGCGUACAAUUUGUACGUCUAACUACCAAAAGAACCAACUUCAUGAACUAGAAAAACUUGCAAAACAAGAUCGGAUGUCCCCAUUGUUUUGAAUGCACAAAUGUAUAAUUUUUUAUUCACAGUACACAGGAAAAUCGUAUACCAAUUAUUUUCUUUCAAUUUUUUUAAUAUUGAUAUUUUCAUUUUAUUUUAUAUAUUGAAAUUGGAUAGUGGAUGGGAAAGAUCCAGGCGAAAAUUAAACUUUACCAAUCGAAUUACAAUAUUCGGCGUUCAAUAUUCUGAACAUUCCAAUUACAGUGAACUUGAAAGAUUUGUACGAUUCCUUCAACCAAAAAGAGUAUUCAGUACGGUGCCAAUUUGCAGCAAAAACUUAUCAAAAACUGUGAAAAUUCCUGAUGCAUGGCUCAAUCCAAAAUUCGAACCAACAACUAAAAGUUACCAAAAAAAUAUCAUGGAUUUUUUGGUUAAAAAAACAUUCUAAUAUAUAAUAUUCAUAAUGAAAAAGAAAAUUAAAAUUAAUUUGAAAAUAACGUACGUUCUUUUAUAACCUGAACGAGUCAUUAGCUACGUUGACAUAUAUAUGUUAUGUCAACUAGACAAUUCAUACAAACGUUUAUAUGGAACAUUAAUUUAAAAAAAAAAUUGUAGACAAUAAAUACAUAUAUAUAUUUAAAAUUAUAUAUGUGACUUCAUGUUUGUUUUCUUGAAAAAGCAAUAUUACAAAAAAUCCGCAUGUGUUGGCGACAAGUGUUCAUAAAAUGUGUUUCCAAAUACAAUAGUGCUAACAUAUUAUGGGUUUUUUUGAAGAUUCUAUCAUUAUUUUAGUCUCCCAGAUUUGUUUUUUCGCCGGUGGCUGGACAUUUUUUGUUAGGCAGUUAUUUAGAGACUAUGAAGUCCGUCAUGUGUCUGUUCAGUUAAUAUUUUCGUCAACAUUUGCUUUGUCACUUACAAUGUUCGAACUAAUAAUAUUUGAAAUUAUUGGUUUAUUAGAAUCAAGCUCUAGAUAUUUCCAUUGGCGUUUGGAAUUAACGCUUUUACUGUUUAUGGUUAUUGCUUUGAUUCCAUUUUACAUAGCUUACUCCAGUAUAAAUAACAUAUCUUUCGUGCCACCAAAAUGGGUAGUUCCAUUAACUUUGAGCGUUUGGAUUUUGUUUUUGUAUGGAUUUUGGCGAAUCGGUGACCCGUUCCCAUUAUUAUCACUGAGUGUAUCCCAUGGGGUUUUCAGAAUUGAACAAGCUGUUUCUCGAAUUGGAGUAAUCGGUGUUACAGUAAUGGCCAUUUUAUCUGGAUUUGGUGCUGUCAAUUAUCCAUAUACGAGUAUGACAUAUUUCAUACGACCUGUUUCACAAACGGAUGUGUUAACACUCGAAAGACGGUUGUUGUUAACGAUGGAUAUGAUUUUAGCAAAGAAAAAACGUAUUGCAAUAGAUCGUAAGCAAAAUAAAACACAUUCAACACGACAAGGGAUUUGGGGCAUGCUGACUUCAAAGUUAACGUCAGGAACAGAAAAUAUUGGACAGCUUCGCUUGGAAAUUGGGGGCUUAGAAGAACUAUCUCGACAGCUAUUUUUGGAAGUACAUGCAUUGAGAAAUAUGCAAGAACGACAAAGAUGGGCACGCACAUUACAGGGCAAAUAUUUCAACGUGCUUGGACACUUCUUCAGUUUAUAUUGUAUGUGGAAAAUCUUCAUUUGUACGAUAAAUAUUAUAUUCGAUCGAGUAGGAAAAAAAGACCCCGUAACACGUGGAAUAGAAAUUGCUGUUCAUUGGUGUGGACUAGAAAUGGAUAUUGCAUUUUGGAGUCAACAUGUAUCAUUUUUUCUCGUAGGUUGUAUUGUUGUUACAUCAAUACGUGGUCUUCUUCUUACUCUAACUAAGUUUUUCUACAAGAUUUCAUCAAGCAAAUCUUCAAAUAUCAUUGUAUUAGUAUUAGCUCAAAUAAUGGGUAUGUACUGUGCAGCAUCUGUUCUUCUGAUGAGGAUGAAUAUGCCUCCAGAAUAUCGAGUCAUUAUAACUGAGGUACUUGGAGGUCUGCAUUUUAAUUUCUAUCAUCGCUGGUUUGAUGUAAUUUUCCUGGUCAGCGCAUUGUCGACAAUUGGAAUAUUAUAUUCAUUACAUAAACCACAUAACAGUGAAAAUGAAUUUAUCCUGAGUAAAUGAGAUAUUAAAUGGAUUUAAAUUAAAAUAAACUUAAGGUGUUGAAAAAAA